CACAAUUUGCUUAUCACAGUCCGUCAUUUGCGUCUGUGCCGCCGACCAAAAGUAAUGUCAACCCGGCCGUGAAAUGGAGCAAAGGCAUCGGGGUAGAACGCUGCAAAGUGUGACUUCAUGUGGUUUUGGAGAGGGGAAACAGGAGGAGGCGGAGGAAAGGGUGCUUCCUCUUCCAGUCCGGGGCUGAGCUGCUGAUGCGUCCCAGCAGCCUAUAGCAACGGGAGACCUCGGUAUAAAAAGGAAGCCGGGUUCAGGGAACCCUCGGAAGUAUCUCUCAGCUGCAGCAUGACAAGGACCGAGGUCCUGAGAGUGUGGACCUAACAAAACAAUGCCCAGCCUAAUCAUCCAACCAGUCGCACAGCACUUCAUCAUGGACAGAGAUGACAAGAAGAGAAACAAGAACAUCGGAAAAAACUUUAUGUGCCGUCUCCAGUGCAUGUUCUCACAUUCAUCCAGCUCUGAGAGCAGGCUAACUUUAGAAGAUACCCAACAAUGGUCACAGUCUUUGGAAAGGCUUCUCGACUCUAAAUAUGGUUUGGCGGCGUUUCGCAACUUCCUGAAGUCCGAAUACAGCGAUGAGAAUAUUGAGUUCUGGCUCGUCUGCGAGGACUACAAAAAGAUCAAGUCUUCAUUCCGGAUGUCAUCGAAAGCCAAGAAGAUUUACGAACAGUUUAUCAAAGCCGAAUCGCCAAAAGAGAUAAACAUUGACUAUCACACUCGAGAGCAAAUCAAAAGAAGCGUCAAGAACCCCACCCUCUACUGCUUCGACGACGCUCAGAAGAUGGUUUAUGGACUGAUGGAAAGAGACUCGUACCCACGGUUUCUACGCUCGGACAUUUACAGGACUCUCCUAGAAAACCUUUCUGCCGACGUCACAAAGGUAUGAAAGCAAAGGGGACGCCAACGGACAUAAAACUCAGGACUGGAAUGUUUGAGCCGAUUCAGCAGGGAGGACUAGUAGCGUUGGAGGAAAAGAGGGUUCAACGAGCUCGCCUCGUGGACAGGAACGCAAGCCUUGGAGUCGUCAUGGAACCCUCAAGUCAUGGAGGGAUCCCCAUGAUAGCAACGUGCACCUUUUUGGCUAUUCAGUGGCCAAAUCCGACCUAAGACUGACACCAGACCAGCCCCCAAAAGUAGUUAAAAUCUUAGGAGAGCCAUUUCUGCAACAAAUUAAAUAGGAAAAAAAAACAGUAGAGCACUCAUGUAGUAGAGAGAAACAUGGAGCAGUGUAAACAAUAUGUAUUGGCAUAUUGACAUUGUACCUCCCUAACUACAGAGGAUAUAACAGGGCUAUUUUUUUUCCAGAAAUGUGUAACUCUGACAGAGGGAAUAGACCAACCAGGGGUGUCCAAACGUUUUGACUGGGGGGCCUGAAAAAAUUUG